UAAUGGUGAGUCCCUGGUUUUCGUUUCAUUGGGUACGUGCUGAAGAACACGCUAUGUUUCCAGGCCGAGCUGGAGAGGUCUGGACUGCCCGUCGAGAUGCGACCAACCGUCCACCUGGGCGAGGUUGGAGGCUAAGUCACAGGGGAAGACCACGACGUGUGCCCUACUCUGGAGCACCUGCUGAGCUGGACAGGACCAUCCUUCCCGGUUUCAUACGGGAAAAGCUGGAGAACCAGAUACCUCUGGAGCGAUCCGACUGGCGAUCCCUAACAAAUGCCAUCUACGAGCACUUCAGGGACGUCCACGUCGAACACUGUCAUCGCCAGCGGCUGCUAAGUUCCGCCUUCCUGCGCGACUGGCGGCGGCGGCGGCGGGCGGCGAGGGCGGCGGCGGACGGCGGUCCUUCACCCUUGCGCCUAUCGACCCGCCCGCCGGGCUGGGUGAAGCGGGCGCCUCGUCCGGCCAGGCCGCAGGUGCUCGGCAGUCGGCGCCGAGGGAGGGUGUGCCCGCUCCGCGCCCGGGAUCCGUGGACAGACACCCGCCAAGCAAUGUUACUGAGCCGUUGAACGUGUAGCCGCACCAGAACCGCCCAAUUUUCCAUCAGGACAGCCCGUCUCCUCACCCACCACCAUGGAGAACUCUCAGUUCCUGUUGAAAUGGAACAACCACCAGCCCACGGUGGUCUCUGUACUCGAUUAUCUUCUCAACCAGGAGGCCUUUAUCGAUGUGACACUAGCCUGCGAGGGACAGAGCUUCUCAGCACACAAGGUGAUCCUUUCUGCGUGCAGUCCUUACUUCCAGGACCUUCUGAUGAAGAAUCCCUGUAAGCAUCCGAUUGUUUUCCUGAAGGAUGUGCGAAGUUGUGACAUGGAGUCACUCCUGCAGUUCAUGUAUCGGGGAGAGAUAAACGUCCAGCAAGAUGACUUGGCGCAGUUCCUCAAGACGGCAGAGAGUCUUCAGAUCAAGGGUCUGGCCGAUAACGCGAUGAAGGACUCCGGGGGAAGCUCUGGAGCCGCCGAGCCCGUCGUCGAGUCCGAUGCGGACACGCGGGACUCCGCUCCGGCUGCCGACGAGCCGCCACCUCCGACAACCAACGGAGACGAGCAUCCGACCCCCUCGCAGACCCCUGACGUCGAACGCGCCGAACGGGAGCGCGCAGAGCGUGCCGAAAGGGCGGAGCGAGCCGACAGGGCCGAAAGAGCUGAGAGAGCUGAGAGGGCCGAACGCGCGGAUCGGCCUAACCCCAACCGAAGCCUGCUGGCCACGGCGCUUGGCAAGCUGGGUGCAGGCUGGCCACCCGCAGGGGCUGAAGCGGCCGCGGAAGGCGUCACGCCGGCCUCGCUCUACCAGGCUAAAUCGAUGGACUUUGAGCAGGCGGGACCGUCGCGCCUAGCCAUCGCCACGCCACCACCGACCGGACUAUUCCCCUAUGCGCUGACUCCGUCUCCGGGGGCCGUCACACCAUCCACCAGCGUCAAAGAGGAGCCCAGCCUGGGCAUUCCGGACCCGGACUGGGCCUCGGGCACCUCUGGAGCCGGAUCAACCGUCGCCGACAGUCCGGAGAGGGGUAGCGAGAAUGGAGACGUCCGCGACCCGCUCGACAGUCCUGAGAAGGGGGUGGUAUCGGUGCAUCCAGCCGGCUGGAAGCACGCAAACCUGUACCCCCACGGACGGGGGAGGCCCAGGGCACAGCCGCUACCUCGACUGUACGAGUGCAACCUGUGCGGAAAAACGUUCAACAACCGGCGACGGGACCGGUUCCUGGCACAUCUACGGCUGCACACAGGCGAGAGGCCCUUCAAAUGUCUGAUAUGUGGCCGAGGCUUCAACAGACAGGACCAUGUCACCGUACACAUGCGACUUCAUACGGGUGGAAAGCCGUUUCAGUGCAUCGUCUGCAAGCACAGGUUUGCCAAGCAGCAGGAGCUCAAAUCGCACGCCUGCGUAGGACCCAUGAUGCCCCCAGAGAACGGCAUUACCAUCACCCCCACGAGCGCCGUCGACUUCCGCACGUUCAGGGUCCGCAAUCAGCUGAACGGGUCACCAUCUCGUGCCGAGAGUGGCGACUGAUGGCGACGGUGGCGCCGCGUCGCGGCCGCCCGGCGAAACUAAGCCGCGCGGGUCGACGCUAGGUGACGUUGGCAGCCACGGUGCCGUAAGCGCAGGCGCAAUGUGGCGAAGGAAUGGCUUGGCACUACAUGACCUGUCACGACGUUUGCUUUUAGCGCAGCUUUAAACGCGCAGCGCUGAAGAAGAAGCGAAGCACGCGAUGUUUGGUGGUUCGUUCAACUCAACGUUUGGCACACGAAGCUCUCGCCAUGGCUGGUUACGGCGUAUGUGUGCACUCUGGACGCUGGCACUCGAAGAGGCCCUCUACCUCAAUAUGUGCACUCGCACUCCUCUGUCCUCUUCGCUGGAAGCGCCUCGGGCAUAUACCGGGUCGCCGCCGCCUCUGCAGGCAUUCAGUGCAUACAUAGCGCCACGCGGCGGGGACUCAGCGCAGAGCGGCCGCGUGAUGGUGGCGGUUAAGAUGGCGGCGACGUUUUCGCCUGUCUCCGAUAGAUGUCAGGCGCGGCGCGUGUUUGUGUGAGUGUUCCCGGCGGAUAUAUAUGACGUCAUCUGUGUGUCCGCCGACAGUCCAUGACCUCGUUUUGUUGUUACAGAGAAAGGUGCUCCAUAUAGACGUAAGUCUCACAUUCUAUGUGUGUUAACUGUGCGCGUGGGCGCCCUCACCGCAACGCCAUCUAGGAGACAUUUUUAAACUAACGUCUACGCAGCAGCCAAAGACGUUGUCCAUUACGGAUGACCAGAAAGUCUGCUUCUUGAAGCUCCGUACUGAUUCAGGGUACCACAAAGUUUUAUUUCUGUGCACACGGUUGGUAGACUUUCGUUUAGCAUUUGAACGCUGGGCAUUUUCUUGUUGUGCGCGGUACCUAGCUAGAUGUGACGCGCCAGCAGGUUGGCAAUUAGCACUGUCUCCGCUAGGUGGCGUUAUGGUCGUGUGGUAUGUGUUGUUGUACCGUUUCCGGUAGGUUUUACUGACUGUUAUUUGUUAGCUGUUGUGGUAGACGAUGUGCUGUUCCAUGUAGAAAGCGGGUCACCAUUCGACGUCCCCAAGUACAAUUGUCCUGUUGAUUUGAUUCAGCCAAUAGCAAUGCAGUGACGUCAAGAACGGGAGAGGUCAAUUCCAGCUCAAUGACUAAGCCCACUUGAUCGACACCCCGAGCGUGAUUUGCCCGACUUGUGUCCCUCCGUUCAGGAGAGUUUUGUUGGUCGCUCUACGGCUCUGUGACAAUUCAUGUUUAGAUUACUUGCUCUCCAAUUCAGGGCUCUCGCCCGGGCGCGCCCCGGCAGCCGGACCGUACCAUCCGCUCCUUAGUUCACAGCGAGUACCUCCAACUGAGGAGCUGCUCAAUCAAUUUUAUACGGCUUUAACUACGGGCUCCCUGGCCAAGGGGCUAAACUGGCCGUCUGCAUUAAGCCCUUGAACCUGUAGUUAACAAACUAGCCACCUGAUGUCUCCAUACAUGUUUUGAGCUGUAAAUACGUGUAUAUCAGUGUUAGGGGCCCGUGCGGUGUAUGUUCGCCUCGCCCCAGAUUUCUACGUUCUACGGGGAUCUCUGCUUUAAUUUGACGAGGUUUUUCGUGACGGGUUGCGGGAUCUUGAUAAUGUGAACCUGAAUUGUACCUUCCUAUCGACGACGGUCGGUGUGCAGCGACUAUGUUUUGGAAUCCUGCUCGUCUUUGCGUAUCUACCUCCUCCGUCCAGUUCUUGAGGCGUCGUGGGCUUCUGUGGCUGUAUUUCCCUUUUCUGUGAGCUCCCAAGUCUGAGGUCGUGACGGUGGAUGACGUCACUGGAACGCAAGAGCAGUCCGGGCCGGAAAUGCAAUUAUUCAUUGGUCGUCGCGGUUUUGUGACAGAUGCUUGUUACCGUAGUAAAUUUUCCUGGAGAUGUCGCAAACAGGUUGUCAGAUAAUCCCAUGAUAGAUUCGACUAGAUACCAUCUCUAAUAUUGCCACAGGAUGAGAUCAAAACCUCUGCAAAGUGAAAACCGUUAGCUACCAAUUAUUAGGUAUAUGAACGUGCAAAUAUUGUUGUCGUUUCAUAAGCUAUGAUUACCACACUGUUACCAUAUAUAUCGCUUCGUUACCACUGAUACCGCACCUGUUCAGGAUUUCAAAACUGCCGAGCCCUCGGGCCAACAUAGACUAUACCCUGUUCUCUGUUGUGGAGAGACUACCGCCAUGUUGAAAGAUCUAUUUCGCGAUGCCGCCCCUGUCCGACGUUAUGCUCGUUCCAGCUGAGAGCUCGCUCAAUCACAUAAUAUCCAACGGGCUGGUUAAAACAACGUGUUGUGGCAUUUCGUGAACUGUUUGCCUAAGAUUUCGUAUUGUUUGACUGGGCGACUGCUGUGGCCAUAGCCACAACUCGACAUUUUUCACACUGUUCCUUUGUCCGUACCUAAGAUCGUACCUUCGGAGCGAUUUGGUGGAAAUAGCGGAUAAACUUUGUCGACUGUGUUGCCAAGUUCUGGAAUUCUGUAUGCCACACGCUCUCGAGAAGAAAACGCCCCCUUUUCUACGUCAUCGCCUCGCUUUGUUGAUCUUGUACACAUAUGUCCGUGAUUGGUCCUUCUCUCUCUGCGGGUGGGAUUCCAGUUUUAUAUAAUGUAAUAAAUAAAUUAUAUCAUGUUACUCAAACAA